AUGUGGAUAAAAGAUCACGAAGCAGACAAGUUCACUGUGAUUUCUAUCAAGACACUGGAAAAUCAUCUCAAAUCUUCACAACGAGUACUUCGCGUAAAAUGGCGUCAGAUAUUGACUGAGCGAAUGCCCAUCUAUCGAUACAACUUACCGGCGAUCACAUACGAAAAGUCCAAACGCAUGUGUGAGUGCGUGAUGCGACGCAAGAAGAUGUGGAUGAUAGCCACAUGGCUCACCUCUACUUCGCAACUUUGCGUGAUUGUCGUCGUGGGCUCGUUGAGUCCCGAAGAACGAAUACAUCCAUAUCUUCACUACAAUGCCUCAGCAACACAGAAGCAACAGACUCUGCACAAUCUCCGAAAUAUGAACAUUGGCUGCUCACACAACGCUAUGGGGUCUUUUCUCUUUUGUACAGUGAACAUUUGA